GUUUACACUCUGUUUUCGUUCGUUUCAUCAUUAAUUCUUAGUUAGAUUCCCAGUACGUAAAGUAACCAUCUUUGAGGUUGAUUUGGCCUCCAGCAUCGAGGGGAGAAACAUUUGGUUAAGGCAGAAGAAUCUGAAACACAUUUGAUCAUGGCGGUCGUUGAGAAUUCGGGGUCAUUGGGUCGAAAUGUGGAGAAUGCUAAGAAAGGCAAUCUCGAAGAAGAAAAACCGGCAGCAGCUGUUAACAGAGAUGGCAAUGGCGAUAACAACACUGACCUGCAGAAUGGUGAAAUUUUGAAGAACGGAACGAGUGAUUUGGCUGAGAUUUUGUCUAAGCUUAAUCCAAUGGCUAAGGAGUUCAUACCACCUUCCCUUGCUAAUCGAUCUUCUGAAAAUAGAAAGGGGAGGAACAAAAAGUAUAGUCAAGCGAAGAGAAAGUUGAAUAAGAAAACAGGCAUUGCUCAGAGUGAUGAUGUUAUUAGGAACACCAUUUAUGUUACGUAUAUUGAUCAAAAGGUUACUGAGGAGGUUCUUGCAGGUCUCUUUCUGAGUUGUGGACCGAUUGUUGACUGUCGCAUGUGUAGGGAUCCUACAUCAGCUCUCCGCUUUGCCUUCAUCGAGUUUCAUAACGAAGAGGCUGCAAAGGCUGCUUUGAACUUGUCCGGAACCAUUCUCGGGUUUUACCCUUUGAAAGUGGUGCCUUCCAAGACUGCAAUUGCACCUGUUAACCCCACACUUUUACCCAAGUCCGAUGGCGAACGUGAGAUGUGCUCAAGGACCAUUUACUGUGCAAACAUACACAAGAAGGUUACUCAAGCUGGCGUCAAGCUCUUCUUCGAAUCAUCUUGUGGAGAGAUUCGACGAUUGAGGUUAUUGAAAGACUCUCAGCAUCCAACUCAGAGUGCUUUUGUUGAGUUCACAAUGGCUGAGAGUGCUACUGCAGCUCUCAACUUCAGUGGUGCAGUUCUGGGAUCACUGCCGAUUAGGGUAGCCCCGUCAAAGACGCCUGUUCGCCGUCGUGCUCCUCGUCCUGCAAAGCACUGAGUCAUCCUUGCUUGCAAACGACCAAUAUAUAUAUAUAUAUAUAUAUGCACAUACAUUAUGUGAUACGAAAAUCAAAAGUACUUUCAGAGUUGAUGUUAUCAUCUUGUUCCUGUGUCCUAGGUCGGUACAUUUGUUACUUGCAGUGGUUUAACUGUGUUUUUGUUUUAUUUCAACUCGUAGAGUUGUAUGGGAAUUUAAAGACAUGAAUGUACUAAUUUCUGUUACAUAUUAUACUGCAUUUUCAGAGACUA